AUGGCCGUUACAAAGUGCUCAUACAGGCUUGGUACAUCUACAUUUCUCUUUGUUCUAGUUGGUAAUUUUAUAUUUGGAACUGCAAUAUCAGGCACUAUCGACUAUGAACCUAAAUCAAUUCAAAUUACCGUCAACGAAAAUUUUAAUACACAGCCAGGACAUGGCACCCAAGAAAAUGGCCAUUUUCUACAUCAAGGUGCAAACUUUUACUUCAAACCACAGUUGAACAUUCGGCCCAAUUUUAUCCCAUCUCACAUUGAAGCUUUGAUAUCACUGUUAAAGAACCAGCCUUGUUCAAAAGAUAAAUUAAUAGAAAUUUUGAAACCGUUUAUUAACGCUCCGAGUCAAAAUAAACCAGGAUUAGAAGUGAUACCGGACGCUCCGUUAUUACCACCUCUGGCCCUUGCGGAUAUUCCUUCCGCAGUUGGCGAUGAAGAAGAUAAAUUAGACCAACAAGUAAUUUUAGAAGAGCCCACAGUUCCAGAAAUAAGCUCCAAACCUGAUAUAACAGUUAUUAAUAGUAAUCCCAGGCCCAUCACUGCCGAAUUUUCAGACAUACCAGAAGCUCCAGUAUUACCACCUAUGGUAUUUAAUAAUUUACCUGCCGCUAUUGGAGAAGAGAUCAAAUUGGAAGAACAGUUGAUUUCAGGCAAGCCCGGCAGCGUGUUUCUUGAACCUAAACCUAUCAAUGCCGAACUUCCUUUAAUGCCAGAAGCUCCAGUAUUACCACCGCUAGUACUUGACAAGAUUCCUUUGACUUUUGAAGAAGAAGCCAAAUUGGAAAAUCAACAAAUUUCAGAAGAGGACAACAAAGGGUAUUCUACAAUUUCAGUACAGCCUCUCCUGCCGGAGCCUAAACCCGUUACUCCGGAAUUCUCUGUAGUUCCAGAAGCGCCGGAAUUACCACCACUGGUACUCACUAAUGUUGAUUCGGCUUUUGGAGAAGAAAUUAAAUUAGAAGAACAGUUACUUUCAGAAAGGCCUACAGGGAUGUUCCCUGAAAUUCCAGAAAUAUCCGCAAAACCAGAAAUAACAUUAAUGAACACUGAGCCUAAGCCCGUCGCUGCGGAUUUUUCAGCCAUCCCAGAAGCUCCGGUAUUACCACCACUGGCAUUUGAUAAGAUUCCAGUAUUUACUACAGAAGAACAAUUGAUUUCAGAAGAGCCCAAUGGAGUGUACCCUACAAUUUCAGUACUUCCUUCUCAGCCAAAACCUGUUGUUAUUCAAACUAAACCAUUCAGUCCAGAAUUCACAAUCAUCCCAGAAGCUCCGGUACUACCUCCACUUGUAAUCACUAAUAUACCUUCCACUGUUAGUGAAGAGAGCAAAUGGGAAGAACAGGUAUUUUCACAAGAGCCCACAGGUGUGUUCCCCCAAAUUCCAGAAAUACUCGCUAAACCAGAGAUAACAGUUAUUAACACUGAGCCAAGACCCGUUACUGCAGAGUUUUCAGACAUCCCAGAAGCCCCGGUAUUACCACCUCUCGCAUUCGAUAAGAUUUCAUUCGGUAGUACAGUGGAACAAAAAUUAGACGAACAAUCGAUGCAAGGAGAGCCCACUGGUAUGUAUCCCACUCUACCAGAAACGCACAUCAGACCAGAGAUAUUUGAUACUGAAAGUAAACCAAUUAACCAGGAACUACCAAUAAUCCCAGAAGCUCCCGUAUUACCACCUCUAGAACUUAAUAGCAUUCCUUCCGCUAUUGGAGAAGAAAUCAAGAUGGAAAAACAAGUAAUUUCUGGCCUGCCCUCAGGUGCGUACCCCAGCAUUCCAGAAAUUAUCGCCAAACCAGAGAUAACAGUUAUUAACACUGAGCCAAGACCCGUCACUGCAGAGUUUUCAGACAUCCCAGAAGCACCGGUACUACCACCUCUAGCAUUCGAUAAGAUUUCGUUCGGUAAUACAGUGGAACAAAAAUUAGAAGAACAAUCGAUGCAAGGAGAGCCCACUGGUAUGUACCCUACUCUACCAGAAAUGAUCAUCAAACCAGAGGUUGCGGUAUUUGAUACUGAAAGUAAACCAAUUAAGCAAGAACUCCCAAUAAUCCCGGAAGCUCCGAUAUUACCACCUCUGGAACUUAAUAACAUUCCUUCCGCUAUUGGGGAAGAAAUCAAAUUGGAAGAACAAUUAAUUUUAGGCGAGCCUGCAAGUGUAUACCCCAGCAUUCCAGAAAUUCUCGCCAAACCAGAGAUAACAGUUAUUAACACUGAAAAUAAGAAAAUUUUCCCGGAAUUAUCAAUAAUCCCCGAAGCACCUGUUUUACCACCACUGGUUCUUGCUGAUAUUCCUUCUGCUUUUGCAGAAGAAAUUAAAUCAGAUAAACAGUUAAUUUCACAAGGGCCCACUUAUAUGUCUCCUGAAAUUCCAGAAUUACUCGCACAACCAGAGAUCACAGCUGUCAACACUGAGUCUAAGCCCAUCACUGCAGAAUUUGCAGGCAUCCCGGAAGCCCCGGUAUUACCACCUCUGGAACUUAAUAACAUUCCUUCCGUUAUUGGAGGAGAAAUCAAGAUGGAAGAACAAGUAAUUUCUGGCCAGCCCUCAGGUGCGUACCCCAGCUUACCAGGAAUUCUCACCAAACCAGAGAUAACAGUUAUAAACACUGAAAAUAAGCCAAUCUUCUCGGAAUUACCAGUAAUCCUUGAAGCACCUGUUUUACCACCACUGGGUCUUGCUCAUAUUCCUUCUGCUUUUGAAAAAGAAAUUAAAUCAGAUGAACAGUUCAUUUCACAAGGGCCCACAUACAUGUCUCCUGAAAUUCCAGAAUUACUCGCACAACCAGAGAUAACAAUUAUCAACACUGAGUCUAAGCCCAUCACUGCAGAGUUUUCAGGCAUCCCAGAAGGCCCGGUAUUACCACCUCUUGCAUUCGACAAGAUUUCAUUCGGUAAUACAGUGGAACAAAAAUUAGAAGAACAAUCGAUGCAAAGAGAACCUUCUGGUGUGUACCCCACGCUUCCAGGAAUGCUAAUCAAACCUGAGAUUACGGUUUUUGAUACUGAAAGUAAACAAAUUAACCAGGAAUUUCCAGUAAUCCCAGAAGCUCCCGUAUUACCACCUCUGGUACUUAAUAACAUUCCUUCCGCUAUUGGAGAAGAAAUCAAGUUGGAAGAACAAGUAAUUCCAGCCGUGUCUGCAGAUGAUCAUCCUACGAUUCCGGAAGUUCCUAGUGUACCCGAGCCGAUUGCUACUGACAGUGAGCCUAAACCCUUAAUUUCGGAAUUACCAAUACUUCCACAAGCUCCGGUAUUGCCACCUCUGUCAUUUAAUAACAUUCCUGCCGUUAUUGGAGAAGAAAUCAAAUUGGAUGAACAACUAAUCACAGAAGUGCCUACUGACGAGCAUCCUACAAAUCCUGAAGUAUCUGUUGUAUCCGAGCCGAUUACUAUUGACAAUGAGCCUAAGCCCUUAAUUUCGGAAUUAUCAAUAAUCCCAGAAGCACCGGUAUUAGCAUCACUUGAACAAGAAGAAAAGAAAUUUGAUGAUGCGCUUACAUUAGGGGAGUACACAGACAUGUCUUCUAAUCCGGAAGUUCUAGUCAACAAUGAAGAGCUGGUUGAAAGUCCAGAUGCAAUUAUGAUUCCAGGACCAUCUUCAUUUUUAUGGAACAACGGGCAAUCCGACUUGAGGUCAGUAGAUUUAGAAGAAACAAUUAAAUUUGAGAAAUCAAUUCAAGAAAUGAAAUAUUCUGCGCCAGAAGAAACAGAACGUGUAAGAUUGGAGUCAGCUCCUUUAGUAUUAGAAAAGCUAAAAAAAGUUUAUUCUAUCAAAACACCCCAAUUUUCCGACUCAUUUGUGCUGAAAGAAGUUUCCAGACCAAAUCUUUAUAACUUGGGACGCGAUAUUGUUGUCAAAAAGACACCAAUCUCUGAAAUUAUUUUGAAACCAGGGUCACGACAGGGGUUAUUCAGUUUUGCACCCUUUAUUUCUCCGUUCUCUCAACGUUUACAAAAGAAAAAAGUAAUAAUUCCUAAAUCAGCUUCUCUUCAGCAUUUCUUAGUAAAGAAACAUCCAUUUUCAUUGCCCAUAGUCCCGUCGCCAAAACUUAAACUUCAGGCAAAUAGGCUUCCAUUUGACAAGAAGAAUCAAUUCCUGUUUUCUACAUCUUGUGCACAAAAUAUUGUAAAAGAACGCAUUGCUCCAAAUAUGUUCAUUAACAAGUUAAGGAAAUAUUUUAAUUUCAAGUGAAACCAGUCAA